AUGCUCCCCACAUCCAGGGGAAGUAUUUCCCUGACAUCGAAAGAUCCGCUUGCGGCUCCGCGCAUCGAUCCGAACUACUAUGCUACUGAGCUUGACCGCACUGCCAUCCGUGCUGGUGUGAGACAUGUCCCGCAAGUCUAUCAAGAGACAGAGGCCCUCAAGGAUGUCAUCGAGGCCGAGACUCCUCCAGAGGGUUAUCCUCCCUUGCGGACGGAUUCCUCCGAUGAAGAAAUCGAUGCCCGAGUCCGGCGUGGUAAUACCUUCUUUCAUCCCGGUGGUAGCUGUGCCAUGGACAAGGCGGUUGACAGUGUUUGGCGGCUGUAUGGUGUUAAAGGACUUCGGGUGGUUGAUGCCAGUGUACUUCCCACUCCAAUUGCUGCGCAUUAUCAGAUUUGUACUUAUACAUUGGCGGAGAGGGCUGCGGAUUUCAUUAAAGCCAUAGCUAGUUGA